GCCCACAUCAAGAAGCUGAAGCCCUAUGUGCCUCCACUUGAAGGACGUAACCCCAAGAAAUUCACACUUCUGGACUUCAACGAGCGCACUGCGGAGGUGCCAGAGUUCGUGAAGGAGGCCAUGAAGGAGUUCAUUGACAACGGGGGGCUGCAGAAAUACCCGUCUUACGGCGGUUUGCAGGCCGACAUCGCAGCGUAUGCCGGGGUGAAACCGGAGGAGGUCAUGUUCACAAACGGCUCGGACCAGGGUAUCGACUUGGUCAUCCGAUGCUGCUGCGAGAAAGGAUCGGAGGUGAUCAUUCCUUCUCCGACUUUUGCGAUGUAUGAGCAGGCUUCUGAGGCAGAGGGUCUGGUGAUCCGACGACCGCACUUCACCAAGGACAAGGGCUUCCCUCUGGAGGAGGUGUUAGCCAUUGUCAAUCAGAACACUUCGCUGAUCGUUCUGAGCAACCCGAACAACCCCACGGGUACUGAGAUUCCGCGGGAUGCCAUCCUCGAGGUGCUGCGGAAGUGUCCAAAUGUCGGCGUGUUGGUCGACGAGUGCUACUUCGAGUUCAUGGAUCCGUCUACGACCGUCGCGAACGAGCUGGGGAACUUCCCCAACCUCUUUGUUUGCCGGACCUUUUCGAAAACUUGGGGCAUCCCCUCCCUACGACUUGGCUACCUGAUGUCCACGCCCGCCAAUAUCUCGGCGCUGUGCUGCGUCCGGGGUCCCUAUGAUAUCAAUCAGAUCGCCGUCGUUGCCAUCCAGGCGGCAAUGAAGAAGCCGCAGUAUGUGUUCGACUACGUCAAGGAGGUGAAUGAGCGCUCCAAGCCGCUCUUCGAGGAGUUCCUCAACAAGAAGGGGAUCGGCUACUGGCCGACCGUGGCUAACUUCAUCUUCUGCUAUUUUCAGGACCCAAAGACUACGGAGGCGAAGCUCAGGGAGCGCGGAAUCCUGGUGCGUCCGAAGAAGGACGCCAACGACACCCUGGGCCUGCGCGUGAGCUUCGGCACGGAGCAGCAGAUGAGGGACACUAUCAAGGUGCCUGACCCGGCCAUACGUUCGUUUCGAUUUUAUAAAGGUUCGUCAACUGCAAAGCCCUAG